AAUAUCUAUUUCUUAAAGCACUAAAAAAUUGUUAAUGGAAAUGUUAAGGAACUGGAAUCGAAACUGUUAAAUUCUUUAAAUUCGUUGGUUCUCAUUCCCCACCCCAAACCCCAUCUAGAGUUUAAAGAGAUCAGGUUAACUGAGGGCUGUGAAGGGAAUGUGGAAGUUUUCUACAAUGGAUCCUGGGGUAAUGUGUGCUGGAACCAGAUGGAAACAGACACAGCGAGUCUGAUCUGUCAAGAGCUGAACUGUGGAAGAUCUGGUGCUUUGUCUGAUUCUACACCAAGAAUGAAAUCAGCUCCUAACUGGCUGGAUGAAGUGAAAUGUCGACCACAUGAUUCAAAUCUGUGGCAGUGUCCAUCUUCACCCUGGGGUCAGAACGACUGUAAUGAAGAUGAAGUGGCCAAAAUCAGCUGCUCAACGGAGGAAAAUCGUGAGUCUCCUCAGAGUCGUCUGUCAUGUUUUACCUCACCAUCUCCUCACCAGAGACAGUGUUCAAAGCAUGUUCCUCUCAGACUGAGUGGAGGGGAGGGCCGGUGCUUUGGGAGGCUGGAGGUGUAUCAUAACGCUGUGUGGGGCUCAGUCUGUGAUGAUCUGUGGGACAUCAGCGAUGCUCAGGUGGUCUGCAGGCAGCUGGGUUGUGGAGCAGCACUGAGAGCUGAUGGGAAUUCAGCCUCUGAUGCUGGUGAAGGUGUUGUGUGGCUGAACAGAGUCAAAUGCAGAGGGAAUGAGAUUCACCUGUGGGACUGUCCUCUCUCCCUGAAGAACCACACUGACUGCUCCCACAAAGGUCACGCUGGACUCACCUGUGCAGAUUUGUCUUUGUCCAGUACCACAACAUCAGUCACUCCUCCAGCAGCGUUUCUCUCUGUGCUUGUGAUUGUACUGGGAGUUGUGCUCUUACUGCUCUUAGUGCCACUGCUUAUACUGGUUCAGCGGAAAAGAGUGAUGAGGAGAGCUCUCUCUGAAUGGUACACAGGACUACAAAAGACUCAGACUGAGGCCGUUUAUCAAGAGAUUCAUCACAGACAAUAUCACUUCAAUCAAAGCGAAGAGAUGAAGGAAAUCACACCGGGAGAUUAUGACGAUGUCAUCACUGAUGGACUGAAAUCAGAUCGUGAGACAGUGGAAGCACCAGAGAGUUACGAUGAUAACAGAAGGAGUUCAGGAGGAGUGAUGAGUGUCACUGAAGAUAUGAGAAACCUGUCAGAUUUUGAGACUGUUAGGCUGGUUGGUGGUUACAGUCCCUGCAGUGGUACAGUGGAGGUUCAUCGUGAUGGUCAGUGGGGAACAGUGUGUGGUGAUCUCUGGGAUAUGGCUGAUGCUGCAGUGGUGUGUAGAGAGAUAGGCUGUGGAGAACCUGUAGAGGCUGUGCGUAGUGCUCGUUUUGGACAAGGAUCCGGACCAAUCGUAAUGGAUUCUGUGGCCUGUAGUGGAUCAGAGUCAACACUGAAGGACUGUGGAUCAGGAGGAUGGGGUGUUCAUAACUGUGGUCAUCAUGAAAAUGCUGGAGUCAGAUGCUCAGACACCAUAAACUACGGAAGAUCAAGACUUGUGGACGGGUCUCAUCUGUGCUCUGGGAGAGUGGAGAUGUAUUUUGGAGGACGAUGGGUUUCAAUGUGUGACGCUGCCUUUGACCAGCAGGAUGCAGAGGUUGUGUGUAGAGAGCUGGACUGUGGGGCUCCUGUACAGGUGCUGGGAGAAGAUGCUUUUGGUGAAGGAAAUGGUCAGAUUGGAUCAAAAGAGAUUCAGUGCAGAGGAAAUGAAUCACACAUUCAACGCUGUCCAUCAUCAUCUUCACAUAAUAUAAACUGCACCCAUGACAAUGAUGUGGGACUGAUAUGUUCUGGUUACACUGAUCUCAGACUGGUCAAUGGUCCUGACAUCUGUUCUGGUCGAGUUGAACGUCAGUACUUCAGUAAAUGGGGCACAGUGUGUGAUGCAUGCUGGGAUAUGAGAGCUGCCAGUGUCCUCUGUAGACAGCUGAAUUGUGGGAUUGCUGUGUCUGUUGUGGGAUCAGACUGGUUUGGAGAGGGAAGUGGUGAAAUCUGGGCUGAUGUGUUUGAUUGUGACGGGAAUGAAACAAAACUCUCAGAAUGUUCCAUCUCUUCAUGGAGUCGAGCUGAAUGUUCUCAUAGACGAGAUGUUGGAGUCAUCUGCUCUGAUUCCUCUCUGGCUGUUCAUGAUGGUCUGGUGCGGUUGUCUGGAGAGAGACAGUGUGAGGGGGAGGUGGAAGUUUCCAUCCAUCAGGUCUGGAGGAGAGUUCUGCUGGACUCCUGGAGUCUCACUGAAUCCUCUGUGGUCUGCAGACAGCUGGGCUGUGGCUCUGUGCUGAACUUCUAUGGUUCCUCUUCAUCCAGUCCUGAACACAGUCAUGAGUGUGUGACGGGCUUCCAGUGCUCUGGGAGUGAAGCUCAUCUGGGGAACUGCAGCUCUCCACAAACUCUCAGCUGCAGCUCCACACAACAGCUGUCAAUCACCUGCCUUGGUCGCGGGUCCAUCAGGCUGGUGGGUUCUGGGGGAGACUGUGCAGGGAGGCUGGAGGUUUUUCACAGCGGCUCAUGGGGGACAGUGUGUGAUGACUCCUGGGAUAUUAAAGAUGCCCAUGUGGUGUGCAGACAGCUGCAGUGUGGAGUGGCCCUCAGUAACCAGCAGGUACCAGCCUGGUUUGGUCCUGGUUCUGGACCCAUAUGGCUGGAUGAGGUGGAGUGUGAGGGGAAUGAGACGUCCCUGUGGAAGUGCUCUUCUCCAGGCUGGGGAAAACAUGACUGUCAACACAAGAAGGAUGUAGGAGUUGUGUGUUCAGAGUUUAAAGAGAUCAGGUUAACUGAGGGCUGUGAAGGGAAUGUGGAGGUUUUCUACAAUGGAUCCUGGGGUAAUGUGUGCUGGAACCAGAUGGAAACAGACACAGCGAGUCUGAUCUGUCAAGAGCUGAACUGUGGAAGAUCUGGUGCUUUGUCUGAUUCUACAACAAGACUGAAAUCAGCUCCUAACUGGCUGGAUAAAGUGAAAUGUCGACCACAUGAUUCAAAUCUGUGGCAGUGUCCAUCUUCACCCUGGGGUCAGAACGACUGUAAUGAAGAUGAAGUGGCCAAAAUCACCUGCUCAAUGGAGGAAACUCCUGAGUCUCCUCAGAGUCGUCUGUCAUGUUCUACCUCACCAUCUCCUCACCAGAGACAGUGUUCAAAUCAUGUUCCUCUGAGACUGAGUGGAGGGGAGGGCCGGUGCUCUGGGAGGCUGGAGGUGUAUCAUAACGCUGUGUGGGGCUCAGUCUGUGAUGAUCUGUGGGACAUCAGCGAUGCUCAGGUGGUCUGCAGGCAGCUGGGUUGUGGAGCAGCACUGAGGGCUGAUGGGAAUUCAGCCUUUGGUGCUGGUGAAGGUGUUGUGUGGCUGAACAGAGUCGAGUGCAGAGGGAAUGAGAUUCACCUGUGGGACUGUCCUCUCUCCCUGAAGAACCACACUGACUGCUCCCACAAAGAGCACGCUGGACUCACCUGUGCAGAUUUGUCAGUGUCCACUACUCCUGCCACAACAACAUCAUCUUCUCCUCCAGUUUCUCAGACAGUGAGCUCAACAUCAGUCUCUCCUCCACAAACUCCUCCAGCAGCGUCUCUCUCUGUGCUUGUGAUUGUACUGGGAGUUGUGCUCUUACUGCUCUUAGUGUCACUGCGUAUACUGAUUCAGCUGAAAAGAGUGAUAAGGAGAGGCAGGAGAGAUCCAGAGAUUCUGCAGUGUGGAGUGGCCCUCAGUAACCAGCAGGUACCAGCCUGGUUUGGUCCUGGUUCUGGACCCAUAUGGCUGGAUGAGGUGGAGUGUGAGGGGAAUGAGACGUCCCUGUGGAGCUGCUCUUCUCCAGGCUGGGGAAAACAUGACUGUCAACACAAGAAGGAUGUAGGAGUCGUGUGCACAGUGCAGGAAAGUCAUGAAUCUCCUCAGAGCUGGCUUACAUGUUCAAACUCACCAUCUCCUCACCAGAGACAGUGUUCAAAGCAUGUUCCUCUCAGACUGAGUGGAGGGGAGGGCCGGUGCUUUGGGAGGCUGGAGGUGUAUCAUAACACUGUGUGGGGCUCAGUCUGUGAUGAUCUGUGGGACAUCAGUGAUGCUCAGGUGGUCUGCAGGCAGCUGGGUUGUGGAGCAGCACUGAGGGCUGAUGGGAAUUCAGUCUUUGGUGCUGGUGAAGGUGUUGUGUGGCUGAACAGAGUCGAGUGCAGAGGGAAUGAGAUUCACCUGUGGGACUGUCCUCUCUCCCUGAAGAACCACACUGACUGCUCCCACAAAGAUCACGCUGGACUCACCUGUGCAGAUUUGUCAGAUUUGUCAGUAUCCACUACUCCUGCCACAACAACAUCAUCUUCUCCUCCAGUUUCUCAGACAGUGAGCUCAACAUCAGUCUCUCCUCCACAAACUCCUCCAGCAGCGUCUCUCUCUGUGCUUGAGAUUGUACUGGGAGUUGUGCUCUUACUGCUCUUAGUGCCACUGCUUAUACUGAUUCAGCAGAACAGAGUGAUGAGGAGAGGUAGGAGAGAUCCAGAGACUGUCAUAUUGUGUCUUAUUCAGUGUGUGAUCAGUCAUGUGUUGUGAACUGACAGCAGGUUUGUCUGUCUACACUCACAGCUCUCUCUAAGAGGAGACACAGGAGCACGACUGAGGCCGUUUAUGAGGAGAUUCAUCACAGACACCAUCACUUCACUCAGAGGGGGAGUCUCAUCUCUGAAGAACUGCAUUCUGGGUAUGAAGAUCCUAAUGAGCUUCUCUCAGAAAUAGAGUUCAGGACUGCAUAUUAUGAUGAUGUCACCAAUGGCAGUGGCAUGAAAGAAGAGAUGAUGAAGGAAAUCACACCGGGAUACUAUGAUGAUGUCAUCACUGAUGGACUGAAACCAGAUCGUGAGACAGAAGACACACCUGAGAGCUAUGAUGAUGUCAAGACGAGUGGACAGAACUCUAUCAAAAAUGUGGACACACCAGAGCAUUAUGAUGUCGUCUUCAUUAAUGGACAGAAAUUUCAAGUUGUAACAGAGGGAGAUCAGGAGGAGUAUGAUGAUGUGAAGAACAGCAGUGAAAAUGAGAGAAACCUGUUGGACUAUGAUGAUGUGGGGGAGGAGUCAAAUAAAUAGGGAGGAGCCAUGUGACUCAUUGACCACACCCACUGCCUCUGAUCAUCAAAUCAUAUUACAGUUACUGGAGAUACUGGGAGUUCCUUAAAUUGCUAUUAAAGAUUCCUAUUUUUGUUAUCUUAAAUAUUUUUGCAUAGGUUACAUACUUUGCAACACAGUUUGUAGUGUUGGUAUUUUAAUAUUUGGCCUAUUAUUUUUAUUUUGAUAUCAAUAUUUUCACCUAAUAAACAAAAGAUACCAUUCAUUCA